CGAGCACUCUCAUUCCUCAAUUCAAGAAACUCGCUGUCCCGUUCUGUUCCUGCAGCUCAGCAUAUGCCGGUUGAGUAUGUUCGGGAAAGCGUUAGAAAGAAUUAGGCAAGAGUCAGGCAAGGUUGUCGACGAUGAUCGGGGGGAUUGUUUGAAAAAAUCUUUGAUGACGCACUAUCUGUCGGUGGUCUGCAUGAGAAAUUAUACACAUUUCGGACGAAUCUCCAGUGCCGACAGCCGUGUCCGUUUCUAAGCUUUUUCGGGGAUUUCCCGAACCGUGCAUAUAUCUUGACAGGUGCCAAUGGGUGUCAGGUCCUGUCAUCCGUGAAACAUGCUUUGCCGAUGGAAGCGUCCGGGGUUCGCUUUUCCGUUCAAGCACCUUGUCCCACCUGGCUGUCCUGCGCAUCCAGUCCACUGAACUAGGUAUCAAGAUUUCAAACUAAAAAACUGGGACUUAUCUGUCGGUCCUGCUAUUUUGCACUCGGCUAUCACCCGGAAAGGAAGGUUUGAACCGCUGUGGCCGGAGUUUGGGGAGUCCUGAAGACUGCCGGUCGCCACUGCUAAGUGUUCCGAGAAUAUAGUUUGCGGAGAUCGAAGCAGUCACGUUAGAGGGACUCUUCUUUCUUAUACCACCACUAAUACGUCUCCGGCUGUGUCAUCAUCGCCCCUUCUUCGCCUACCAUGGCCUCACUGGCUGAGAUUGCCGACACCAUCCUUGUCCUUCGAUAUAUCAGCGUAUGCGGCCUUGCCAUCUUGGUCUGCGAGCACAUCGUGACAUUCGAAGAGGAGCUGCGGGUCAUCUGGAGAAACAAGGCAAUGAGCACAUGGCGCAAGGUCGCGUUCGGGAUAAAUCGUUACCUUGUGGAGUCGGUCGUCGCGCUUACGGUAGCGGCUUUCAGCGGUCAGAUAUCUCAACUGACCACAUCUGUCUGCCACGCUUUCCUAUGGUACUUUGGCACCGUGCUGAUCACUUUCUCGGCUACGUCCCACGCUGUGACCAUACUCCGCAUGCACAAGCUUUAUGAGGGGACGGUCGUCAUUUCGCGAUUGCUCAUGCUUCUCUUUGUCUUCAGCAUCCUAUCCGUCCUGAUUGUAGGUAUCUUGAGCGUUUCCAAUCUGCAACGCUCCUUUCUCUAUUCUCCAUUCUUCCGAGUGUGUCUGCUGGCGGCCACUCCUCGGGUUUUGGUUAUCGUUUUCGGCAUCCAGACGGGCUGCGAUGUUUCUGUGGUGAUGUUGAUGAUCUACAAUACGCUCGCUCAGCCGCGGAGGAGCAACAGCGAGAUGAAGACGACGCUGCGGAAGGAUGGCGUGCCCUUUCUCGUGGCCAUAUUCGGUCUGCGCAUGCUGUAUAUGAUUAGUGCCAUCACGAUGAAUCCCGGACAAUCGGUCGCAACUGUAGUUCUAUGCUGGAGUAUCAACUGCGUGGUUGGAGUGAGGCUGAAUCUACGCUUGGAUGCGUUGACUCUUGAGCGAGAGCCGCUCCUUCCUGUCCCAGCGCCACCAACGAAACUAGACGAGGUGGAGCCGUAUUCCGGCUGGUGGUGAAAUUGAUUCGGUCGUUGCAGCUCCAUUCAACUACCAUUCUAUACUAGCUCGCUGAAAUGAUAAUGCGGAACUAUGUACAGUAUACUUAAUAAUUAUGAAUGAUCGGGUGUUUGCUGACCAGUGCGUGAUGAAUCAGAUGAUGACCUCAUCGACGGCCUCGGGAAAGUCGGGCCGUCGCCUGAAGGUCUCGUUU